AGUACAAUGUGUUAUUUCAUAUUAAGAAUUUUACAGAAAUAUUAAGUUCUAAAUAAUUUUUGAAAAAUGAAAAAGAAAUAUGUCCUACUCGUUCCAAUUUUAAUUUUAUGUCUACAAACUUGUCACGCUGCGAAAAUAUUAGGCAUUUUUAUUCUUUCCGCAAAAAGUCACUACAGUUUGGGAAACUCAUUGCUAAGAGGACUUGCAGAUGCUGGCCAUGAUGUUACGAUGAUAAGUCCUUACGAGGAUACAGUACCCACCAAGAACGGCAGUUACAGAAGCGUUGUUUUGACAGGUUUCGCCGAGCGGUAUGAAGCUGCAAUGAAGCACUUAAAUCCUUUUGAAAAACCAUACACUAACGACUUCACAUACUUCUUAAAAUUCCAAAAGGUAGUAUACCCAGCUUUGGAAAGAACGUUGUCGCAUUCGAACGUUCAAAAACUAAUCAAUUCUGACGAAACCUUUGACGUGGUGAUUGUAGAACAGUUUGCAACUGAAGCAUUUAAGGCACUAGCGCACCAUUUUAAGGCACAUUUAGUUCUGUUUUCAUCCAUAGCAGCGGAUAGUAAAUUGAAUUACGCUGUGGGAAAUCCAACUAUGGUCUCGUACGUACCGCAAGUUGAUACAGAUUUUUCAAGGGAAAUGACCUUUCCUCAAAGGUUGUAUAAUACAUUGCUUUAUAUUUUUGAAGCUAUAGUCACCCACUACCACUGGCUUCCUGUACAACAAGAAGGGUUGGUAAAGAAAUAUUUUCCAAAUUCACCAUCUAUAUUUGAACUCAACUAUAACGUUUCUUUAAUUUUGGUUAAUUCUCAUGAAAGUCUACAACCAUCGAUUCCUUUAGUACCAAACAUUAUUCCCAUUGGAGGAUUCCAUGUUAAGAAACCCAAAGCAUUACCAAAAGAUCUCCAGCAGUAUUUAGAUGAUGCAAAAGAGGGAGUAAUAUUUGUUAGUUUCGGGUCUUCAGUGAAGGCUGUCAAUUUACCAAAAGACAAAAAGGAAGUUUUAAUAAGCAGUUUUGGCAAAUUAAAACAAAAAGUUUUGUGGAAAUGGGAAGAUGACGAUUUAAUAGGUUUACCACCAAACGUAAAAACCCAGAAAUGGUUUCCACAAAUGGAUCUUUUAGCUCAUCCUAAUGUUAAACUAUUUAUCACUCACGGAGGCAUUCUCAGUUUAACGGAAACUGUCUACAAUGGAGUCCCGGUUCUUGUGGUACCAAUUUUUGGAGACCAAGCGAUGAAUGCGCAAAAUGUUGUAUUGGAUAAGUACGGACUUACUAUAUCGUUCCAUGACGAAGAUUUUUCAGAGUCCAAGCUGCUUGAAUAUACGUCGAAGCUACUUAACGAUCCAACAUUUAAGGAAAAUGCCAAACAUAGAUCAAAUUUAUACCACGAUCGCCCGAUGGGUCCUAUGGAAAGAGCUGUCUACUGGAUAGAAUAUGUGAUACGUUAUAAUGGAGCUACCCAUUUGAGAGUUGCUGGUGUUAAUCUUCCUUGGUAUCAACAUUAUUUGGUAGAUGUCGCUGCUGUAGUUCUUUUAUUUAUUGUUAUUGUUGUAAAAUUGCUAUUUAUGGCUAUGAAUCUAUUUUUAAAACCUUGUACUAAAAGUCACAGGAAAACUAGUUUUACCCAAAACAAAGUUUCAAAAGUAAAGAGAAACUAAUUAAUAUUAUUGUUUUUAUUUGUAUUUUUGGUUGGAUUUUUUUUUCUGAAUUGAGUAUGUAGUUAUGUAUCUACGUCUCAGGAAUGAAAUUUAAUUUAUCUUAAUGGUACAGAUGGUCAAAAGGUCAAUUUAGAACACAAUGUUAUAAAUACAAUGUGGAGAAAUAUACCUAUCAUUGAAAAGACAGCAUAUUUUAAUUUUUAUUAACAAACAAAAACCGCGAUUUUUGUAGAUGUAACAAAAUGGAAAACUUUAUUAAAAUUUGAAACACUUUUAAUAAAAAUGUGGAGCUGAUUGAAGUAUUUGCAUUCGAAGUAGGAGAAACGUUAUUGUUGAUGUUAAAGUAAGUUUAAGCAAAAGUUGAAAAAUAA